AUGGAACGGAGCACUGAUAGUGGUGAUUUCAGCGUUGGCGACCAACAUCGCGGUGGUGCGGGAUCUAUUAUGAUGCCGAACGCUUCAGGAGCCGCCGCGGCAAACCCCUUCGAGGAACCGCAACGCCGCAUUAGCGAGUACACCGCACAAGAAAUCGCAACAUUACAAGCCCGUCUUGAUAAGAAAUUGGGACCCGAAUACAUCUCUGCGCGACCUGGUGCUGCGGGGCAGAAAGUGCAUUAUCUCUCCGCGGAUAAAUGCAUUAACCUCGCAAAUGAGGUAUUUGGAUUUAAUGGCUGGUCCAGCUCGAUUCAGACAAUUCAGCUUGAUUUUAUCGAGGAGAAUCAAAAUACAGGCAAGAUUAGUCUGGGACUUUCAGUCAUUAUGAGAGUCACCUUGAGAGAUGGAACGUUUCAUGAGGAUAUUGGCUACGGGCAUAUUGAGAACUGCAAGGGCAAGGCCGCAGCGUUUGAGAAGGCCAAGAAAGAAGGCACAACAGAUGGUUUGAAACGUGCAUUGAGGAACUUUGGCAACGUGCUUGGUAACUGUAUCUAUGACAAGGAUUAUGUGGCCAAGGUGACCAAAGUCAAGGCAACGCCUGGAAGAUGGGACGUUGAAGAUCUCCACCGUCACCCUGACUUCGUGCCACCUAAGAAACAGGUGUCUCUCCCCAAACGUGUACCGGAAGAGGAUGAUCUACCCCUUCCUCGUCCAAUAAAUCAAGCGAGAGGCAAUAAUCUCGCGAAUAAUGUUUCGUUUGAGGGGGAUGGAGAGUUUGGCAGUGAUCUCUUUGAUGAAGCCGAUUUUGGGGUAGCUGAGACUGAUGCAGGCAAUCCCGAUGAGAUCGUAGUAGAUACAGAAACCCACAGAGAACAGCAGCGACCUGUGCCAACGAACGGACCAGCACCUCAGCGAGGACCGCCUGUUCGAGCAGGAUUUAACCCCGCUGUCGUGACACCAUCAAAACCUGAGCGAUGGAACGGCUCGGGCCAAGCGGGACGACCUAAUCCCAUAAAUGCGCGACAGAACCCAUCGGCUAUCCCAUCUCCAGCUGCAGUACAAGGUCGACCAAUGGGCGCUCAAGGUCCUGGUCAAAAUCUUGCAAACCCCAGACCAUCAGUUCCAGCUCAGCAACCAGUUGGUCAGAAUGCUCCACAAAACAACAUCACCCAGCCUCCGAUCAAAAGGGACUCUGGCCCCGGAGGAUUUCAGGGGAACCAGGAUAUGAACCCACCGCAAGGUACACCGUCAACCGGUUUCUUUUCCGCCAGAGCAGUGGAUCUCCUCCGUGAAAACCCAAAUUCCAUACCGUCGGGAGCACCUCAAUUCGAUCCACACGCAGAGAGUCCCUCUAUCCGCAAGACGGCUGGUGUAGACCAUACCAAAAGCAUUCCGAUCGCUAGGCCGAUGCUGUCGAGCGCCUCCCCGGCACCCUCUCCAGCACCACCCAACAAUAACAACACCACACGCGAUUUUGUCAAUCCUGCAUCGGAUCUGCAGCGCAGAGUCGGUGCUCCUGGUGGUGGAGUUGGCAGCCCGGUAAGCAGAGGUCCUUCUGUCUCAUCGUAUCGACCAUUGACCCGGCCCAACCUCGACCAAAGGAGCGUUUCCAAUCCAGCGGCGGCAAACCGAGGUAGCAUGCCACCUCAGCAGAAUCUGAAUGGAAAACGGCCUCCAUUGGUGGACGUCACCAAUGCCGAUGCUACACCUGGCGUAUACGUCCCGGCAACCGGUCCAAAUGACCCCAAACGGCCCCGAGUCUCGGAUGCUGACUCUGGCCCUUCUUCUGGGCCUCGCCCACCAACGCAGUAA